CAUCCUAUACAAAGUAAAAUAAAAUUAUGAUAAUAAUAAUAAAAAAGUUCCACACAAGUCGCAUUGCUUCGUUUCUCGAAGUCACUCGCCGAGGAAAAAAGCGGGAAUUUCAACUUCGAGGCAAUUCCAUUGACAAGUCUUUAUAUCUCUGCUUAAAUUGCAAAAUGUUAAAAAAAAGUUUUCCGUUUUGGUAACUGCCCGUAACUGGUCGGUAAGUAAGCCUGCAGCUUUACCUGGUUCAAUAAAUUCCUUGCAAGCGCGCUUAGGUUCGGUUGAAGCUGUCACAUUUGAACACCGGCUGAAGUGCGUCAUUCAUUUGACAUAAGAGAAAGAACUUGAAGACUCAUUUUACUGGUGACGAAUGAUGGUCACAUAAAUGUGAAAUCAUGUUGGAGUUACUGCUUCCCCUGGCAACCACCCUCCGUGACAAGAUAACUUCACGAAAAUGUUCAACUGCUGGACCUCCCUCUUGUCCAAGUACCAAAGUCUUAACCACAUCUGGUUAUCGGUCCACUGGAAGCAGAAGCUCACCAAGACCCAUGUCGUUCAAUGUGAUCUGCAAACGGCAAUAGAAGAUAUUGUAACUUCGCCACAGAUGUUUGGUUUGCGCAUUUCUGGAUCUUUGCUCCUUGGCAUGGCCCAGAUCUUCUCCAGAAAAGUCAAAUAUCUCCUGACAGACUGCAAUCAAGCCUUGGCUAUACUCAAGGUGUCAUUUCGGACAGUCACUGUAGACGGUCAGUGUAGAAGCUCUUAUGAAGGGCUUGAAGUCUGCGUGGAAGAAAUCCCCUUGUGGGAUGAUUUGUCUUUCUUGCCAGACUUAAGCAGUGACAACAUAACUAGGGAUUUCUUCUCACAAAACCAAAGUCGCCCAGAGGAUAUCACCCUGAAAGAAUUUUCAGACAAUACAUACCAGAACGAGAUCUUCCAGAGUGCGGGUCAACCUCAGGACUUUUUUGGCGAUGAGGGCACCGGAUUGGCAAGCACUUUGGAUUUAUUGACGGACAUUGAUGUUCAACAUUUGGACUUAGGUCUCAUGGAAAAUCCUGACGAAACGUGCGGUCAAGACGCCUCCCUCGACCAACAGCCUGAUGUUAACAGAAGAGAGAUUGAAAAGGAAAAGUCCCUGAGUCCACAGCAGCAGCCAAGCUUCGUCCUACCGCCAAUGCCUGACACGGUUAGAGCAAAUAAGAGAGGAAAGCGCAAAUGCAAGUUGAUCGUGGACCAAAUCACAACGCUGUCGGACGAAGCCAUGCGGCUGCAGCUCCGGGACGACUCCGAUCUGGUCAUCGGCUCGCCGCCGAUUCGACGCUUGGCUUACUGGAAAGAAAACACAUCUGCGUUUAAAUUGCUGACGCGGCCCUGCUCUGAUUUUCUACCCAUGGAGAUACUGGAGGCUUUUCCGAAGGAUGUUAGCCCGCAGACGAUUGACGAGAUUUGGUGUGGUCAUUCCCGAGGCGGCAGCAGUGUGGGCUCCGAAAGCCUCACGGAUCUGUCUCCGGAACUCCUGCGCGCAGACAUUCCCGACACCAGCGACAAGUGGAGCGACUCGGAGAUCCUGCAAGUGAUGGAUCAUACGUUGGACCUUAGCAAUAGUCCAGAGCUUCCACCGGUGGAUUUGGUGUCUAUCUGUCCGUCUCUCGAGGAGCAACGCAGUCAGUCGUUCCCGGGUAGCCAAAAUUCUGCGGAGCAGCCGUCAAUCAAAAAUCAAGCGUAUGAGCUCCUGAAAUGCCUUCAAAAGCUUCAGGGGGACUCGCCGUUCUCUCUGGCCGCGCUGUGCUCCGGAAGCAGCCGCUGGCAGGUGGCACGAACCUUCCAGUCCCUCCUGAUCCUGCACAACCGAGGGGCCGUCACCCUGAGCCAGAGCGCCCCCUACCAGGACAUCUUUGCCGCACCCGGUCCCACCUUCUUCACUUGGCAGUAGACCAGAAUGCUGUAAGAAAAAUAAAACUAUUCUAUAAGUUAAUUUAACUAUUCAAUGACACUGUUGUCAGUUAUGCCUUCAGGAGUUUAUGCUUCAAUUUCCAGUAGAAGCUCAUAUAUUUAUUUAUUUAUCUACCUACCUAUCUAUUUAUUUAUUUAUUCAUUCUAUUGGAAAAGUCACUUUGGCAUGUUUGCCGAACUCAAAGUUGUUACGGUUGCCUUCUAAGCACAAAGUACAUACAAGUGUUGAAAUAUUAAAUGAUUGUU